CCAGGAAGUUGCAAAGCGGCUUGGCGGGUUCUCACGAAAAUGAAUUUUGUGUCGCUAGAUGCAGAACUUGCUCAAGUGUCAGUUGUAUUUCCCAAUGCUGACAGAGAUGCAAUACUACGAGAUCUCUCUUUCACAGAAAGCGCCGAGGAAACAAUCAACAGAAUUUUAGAUGGGAGGGUCACUGCCACGUCAUUUACUUCAGUUAGAGAAAAUGACAGCGUGACUGAUAUCAACAGUGACAGUGACGCAGAUUUACCAAUUAUCGCCAGAAGAAAAGAUUCCAGCCAUAAAGACCGCAACGAAAAGCUUUCUCCGAGUUUAAAUUUAAUUCAGCUCCACUCUGAUGAAGUGCAGAGUAAGAAUGAUAGUUUAAGCACUACAGACAUCAACAGUGAUAACGAACUUCCAGAUAUUGAUUACAAAAGUUUCACAGAUGAAAUUGAUGGGACUAUGUUUGGUGAAAAUAACAAUAAACAUGUAUCCACGCACAUGCACGUAAACUCUGUUAAUCAAGAGGUAACAGACAGUGUUGCUUUGAAAACUGGAAUGGAAAAACAUAACAAUCUCUUUGCUCGUUGCUCAGAUUUGGACAGUGGUUAUGUGAAUACAUAUUCAAAAACAAUUGUAGCUCUGACAAAUUCCUCGAUUCCAGUCGAAAUCAGUGAUAAUUCAAAUGACUCUAAUAGUAAUUAUAGUAAUUCAUGUACUUCUGUCUCUGACAAAUUAGAUAUUCCUGCUAGCCUUUCAGAAAGAUGUAAGCUGAAAAUGAAUGUUGGAGACAAAGUAUUCAAUGAAAGGAGGAUAUCGAAAUCGGACAAAGUAUUCAAUGAAGGAAGGGUAUCUAAAUCAAAAGAGACCCAUGAUGAUGUUACAGAAUCGUUAACCCAUUGUGAUAUGUUACCAGAUAUAGAAAUGACUAGUGAUCCAGAGAGUUAUAAUCCUGAUGAUUACGCUGUGCCAAAUGUUCCUGAUAUACCUGUACAGAAGAAAAAGACUGUCAAGAGACGGACACCAGAGGAAAUAGCAGAAAGCAGAAGACAAGCUGAGUUGAGAAAAGCCGAACGCCAACAAGAAAAAGAAAAUAAGAAAGCAGAGAAAGAAAGAGAAAAACAACAGAAAAAGAUUGAACAACAAAGCAAGAGACAUUACAAGGCUGGUGAUUGUGUUAAGUUCAUGACUGUGUGUGUUGAUCCUGGGAUUAUCAACAAUAACGCCAUUGCUGCUCAUCUCUUUAAAGUGUGCUCCGAACUUGAUGCACAGUGUCUAACGGAAACACAACUCAUCCCCAAUUCAAUCACGUGGCGUCGAGAAGUUAUUGAUACUAGUCAGUUUGAAUCUGAGAAGAAACAAGUCACAGAAGAUAACGUGUUAACAAUGAUUCCAGUCAGUGAUUUUGUAGAAAUGGUUCACACACAUGCACUUCAACAGCAUGGAAACCUGAGUUAUGAGGGCCUCACUGUGCGAGAAUACAUUGAGUCGGUUCAGACUUGUCAUGAUGGAAGGGAUGUCUCGGUCUUUGUAUUGGGAAUGGAGCGCUAUUUCAAUGACCAGAAAUUAUCUGCAAAACGUCAACACAGAGAUGCAGUUAGCUUGACUGGCGGAUCGGACGUUUCCAAAGCAAAGAAGCAGAAAACAAACAAACAUGAACUGCCCACAGUAUCACGUAUUGAAUUAGAAGAGGCAUUAGUUGAUGCUCAGCUGCACACUGGGUGCAUUGUGAAACUGUUGGAUACUGGGGAAGAUGUUGCAAACCUCGUCAAAACAUUUACCAAGGCUGUUGCUGAUAAACCGGUCAAAAAAGACCGUCUUACUAAUCCAUUCAACUUUCUGGAAGAAGGCACAGCGGGUGUGAAAGUUGACAAGAAUGGCUGUGGCCUGCUUAAAGUAUGGAAACACCAACUGUUACAGUUCCAGCAUCUUGGACCUGACAUGGCUGAGGCCAUAAUAGCAGCUUAUCCUUCCCCAAGAAUGUUAAUAGAGGCUUAUCGACACUGCUUAAAAGAAAAAGAUGCACAAAGAUUACUGGAAAAUAUUGUGGUGAGAAGAGGGGCAGGAGUGCUUGUGACAAAUCGCCGGAUUGGGAAAGAACUCUCCAAAAGAAUCCACUCUUUCAUUACCUCCAGAGAUCCCUCAUUUGUUAUAAAAUGAAAGUGUAAUAAAACCAAGAACAAAUCAUGACAUCUUACAUUGUUGUUCAUCUUGGGGAAAAACAAUCAUGACACCCUACAUUGUUGAUAAUUUUGAUAAAAGCAUACUGUGAUGUGAUAGAUUGUUCACCUUUUAAGUUUCACAAACAUUCUUGAAUAUUCUUUUUAUCCCCAUUUCUAUGACUUCUGUGUAUAUGUUGAAUAUUCAGCACAUAAAAAUAUAAAAUGUUUUAUUUGACCUAAAGAUUCUGGUCUUUGGUGUUACUGUCAUUGUUUAUUAUACAUAAUGAAGUUUAUAAAAGUAAUAAAAUGUGGAAAUGUU